AUGUCAAAGCUUAGCCCUGUGACACCACCACACCUGAUUCGGAGAAACAACACACCAACAAUCUUGCACGGAUCAGUGGGUGAUCAGGCGAUUUUACAGCCAGCAACUGGCAACAGCACCGGCAGCAAGAGCAAAGCUUCACGCCCACGACACCUCAAAAGAAAUCAGCGUGCUAAGAAGAAUCGCCUCUCAGCAGCAAAGUCAAAAGCAGCUAGACCAGACACGACAGAUGCAGCAACUGCGCCCGUCCCUGUUUCCCAUGCUGUCCCUGAAGUACCUGAUGCCAGUGGCAGUGAUGCAGCCAAUGAAAUCCAGCCACCUCCUGAAACCACCGCAGCCCCUCAGCAGAGUGGACCCCGUGACGGUUCCCCCGCUUCUGUCCGGACCCAUGCAUACACGGCAACUGCAGAUGGCAUGCCUGUUCCUGCUAGUGUUGGUCAGAACAAAGCUUCCCUGCCCCCCAUGCUCCUUGUCAAGAAGGAACCCAAGGAACCAGUCACACUGCCUGGCCUCAAGACCACAACUCCCACCAGUCAAAGGCGAGCCACCCACGUUGCACAUGCAAAAAAUGAAAACAUGCAGCGUGCCAACACACAGGAUCUUGCGCAGCCUGCAGGGACCCCAUCAGCGACACCUGCAAAUGCAAAUGCACCGCCCCCGAAGUGUUCAGCGCCACCUCCACGCCCAACAACCUGGCAGCCCCACCACAAAAUUGUGUAUACUGAUGAUGCUGAGAACAACAUCAAUCACCCAUCAGAAUACCCCCAAGACUUUUUGGAUACCCUGGCUGAUGCAGAAGACCAAUCCCAGAACAACACCAAUGGCACUGUUAGCACCGGUGGUGGCCCGCCAGAUGAGCCAGGUGACAGACGGAAAAAGGUGAAAACAGCACACCAGAAAGCAAUGCACGCCAGAUACAUGCGCUUCAGCCGAAGUCUCAAGAGUGCCAAGACCCCAGUGGAAAUCCGACGGGCUGGCAAGUCCGCAGCUUACUGUCACGAGAAGCUGCAAAUACUUCUCGAAGCAUGGGAAGCAUCGAAAGGAGAAUGGUCAAGCUCACAGCUCUACAAGACCAUCACGCAGCGGAAGACAACCACUUGCCAUGGUGCCAGGGUGUGGUUAACCCGUACACAAAUAGCCUCAAAGUACCAAGACCAAAGUAUCGCAGACUGCAUAUGUGAUGCAAAGCUGGCGGACAAAGAGUUGGCCGCCAGCCAGACCAAAUGGCACCCAGACGGGGUGGGCAUUGAGGCGCUUCGCCUCUUUUUGGUUUGGGAUUCCGAAGGGAUCAGCGAAAAGGAAGACUCAAUAAUCGAAGAUUUAUUCUCAGCAGCAGACAAAGAUGAGAGCGACUCUGAGUGCAGCCGCACCAAGCGCAAGAAGAGCAGCAAAUCCAAAAAGAGCAAGAAGAGCAAGAAGCCCAGCAGUGAAAGCAGCCCCUCAAGUGAUGAAGGAAGCGAUGAUGAAAGCAACGAUUCCGGUGCGUCGGGUGAGGACAAGAAAAAGAAAAAGAAGAAGGGUGGCAAGGCAAAGAAGUCAAAGGGCAAGGGAAAGAAGGAGAAGAAAGAGACUGAUGAGCAGAAGCAGAAGCGUCUCAGGAAAGAAAAGGAGAAAGCCGACAAGGAAGAAAAGACUCGAAAGGACAAAGCAGAGAAUGAGCUCAUUGCCAAAGCGAAAAAGGCUGGUCAUUUUCUGUGUUGCAGGCCUGCCCCCCAAGAUGGGUUAUGCACGUGUGUGCGCAUGUGUGUGCUAUGUUGUUUCAUUGUAGCUACUUGGGUCACCAUAUUAACAUCAUGCUACAGGGUUGGAAGCAUAUGUCUACAAGACCUGGUGAAAUCUUGUCCAGAGCCCGGCUGCCAUAGACAUACAAUGGGAGGUGAUCGUGUCUUGUUUGGAACCCCUUGGGAUUUGGCCAGGUCACAGAAAACCUUCAACAAUACCCAUCUUCUGUGGUACAGUACAGAUCUUCAAAAAGACGAUUGUGAAUCCAUGUUUUUCAACUCUAUCAUAUCUUGA